UUUCGUCUUUUCACUUUUCACUCGGUUCAACCUUAAAAGAAUGAAUAUCAUGAAAACAUUUUAAGAUGGUGGAAGAGUGGGUAUUUGGGAAAUCUUGUGGAAUAUUCUACGUAUUUAUCUUUGUUCAAUGCGGAUCGACGAUAAUUUCAGGAUGUGAAGAASCACUUGGAAUACAAAAUGUACUGAUUCCAGAUCACCAGAUCCAUGCCUCUUCAUGGACUCCCGGUCAAAGUGAUCCGUGGUAUGGCAGGCUUGGGAACCAAACUAAAAAGAAUUGGUGUUCUGCAACUUCAGACGCAAAUCAGUUUMUACAGAUCGACUUUGGUCCAAAGCGUCGUCGAGUUACUGCAGUCAGUACCCAGGGUAGUCAUAGUCGCGAUGGCUGGGUUACAACUUAUACUUUGUCAUACAGUAACGAUGGAUCAACGUGGAAUGUUUACAAAGAAGGAGGCGUUGAUAAGGUAUUCACAGCAAACACUGAUCGGCAUUCGGUCGUCAAACACUCAUUACUCGAACCAUUUAUUGGUUUGUUUCUGAGGUUUCAACCAAAAACUUGGAAUAGUCUGCAAAUAUGCAUGAGAGUUGAGGCAUUUGGUUGUUCAGCAUUUCAUGUGGCACUUGGUGUUGAAAGUAAAAAAAUUCCUGAUUCAAAAAUUAAAUGCAGACAUUGCUCGUCACAUGAAAGGUGCUCUUUUGCACGCUUGAACCAUGCCAAAGSUGCAAGAAUGCAUUCAGGAUUUGAAGAGUUUUUGGAAGUCAACAUUGGGCCAAGUCUGAAAGUUGUUACAGCUGUAGCAACACAAGGUCAUGGUGCAAGGGAGGAGUGGGUUAAGAUGUAUAGUUUAUCGUACAGUCCUCUUGGAGCWGAGUGGUUCAAUUAUGAAGAACAUGGUGAACUCAAGAUGUUUGAUGGAAACUUUGAUAUGCAUACAAUAGUUAAACAUGAACUUCGUCACGAAAUCACCGCCAUCUUGAUUAGGUUCAAUGUAUUCUCAUUGUAUAAGCAGGCUGGUAUACGGGUGGAAAUCUAUGGGGGUGAAGUUUGUAGCAACCAGCUUGGAGUGGAGACAAAUGUCAUCUCAGACAACCAUAUCAGUGCUUCAUCAUUUGCGGGGCCUGGUAAAGAGGCAGCAAAAGGCCGUUUGAAUGGAACAGCAGCCUGGUGCGGAGUUAGCGAUCGAGAUUUCCUUCAAAUUGAUCUUGGAAAAAUUCACAAAAUUCAGAAAGUAGCCACUCAAGGACACCCAAGCAUAGCACAAUGGGUCACCAAGUUUGCAUUUCAUUACAGUCUGGAUAAUGUUUAUUGGUAUUUGUACAAGUCAGACUUUGGAUUAAAAGAGGUUAAUGGCAAUACUGAUCAAAGCACAGUUGUAAUCACCAAUCUGAAUAAAGUGCGACAAGCACGAUACGUGAGAUUUCAACCAAAAACAUGGAGUGGCGGACCUUGCAUGAGAGUUGAGCUCUUUGGUUGCCAAGAUUGUAUGGAACCACUUGGUUUUGCAAUUGGUCACAUCCCUGACUCCUCAAUGACAUCCUCUUCCUGGUAUGAUGUUGACUAUGAGCCCUGGCUUGGUCGACUGUACGAGACAAGAGGAGAGACAGCAUGGUGUGCAAAGACAAACGAUGGAAACCAGUUUCUUCAGGUUGAYCUUGGUCACAUGACACGAGUAACAGGUGUGGCUACCCAGGGUAAAUAUGUAAGGUCAUGGUGGGGCAUCAAGGAACCUGCAUGGGUGACAGCAUACAAAAUAAGCUACAGUAAUGAUACCUUUACCUGGACAUUYUACAAGGAAAACGGAAAAGAGGUGUUUGCUGGAAAUGCACCAUCACACAGUAUUAAGAAACAUUAUUUUAUUAAGAAUUUAGUCACACGUCACCUAAGAUUUAUUCCAACACGAUGGGAAACCUGGACUUGCAUGCGUGUAGAGGUUUAUGGAUGCAAAGCAUGUGAUCUCCCUCUGGGGAUGGAGUUCUUUCACAUCAAUGAUCACAAUAUACUGGAGUCUUCAGGUGUAGACUUUAAAAGAACAUAUGAACCAGCUCAUAAAGGAAGAUUAAAUCAGGAAAAGUACCGAGGUUGGGCACCAAAUGUAAAAAGUGAAAACCCUUAUCUACAGAUUGAUUUGGGUAGUGAGAGAGUUGAAGUAACUUCCGUAGCAACUCAACCAUAUGCCCAUCAUGAUCACCGUCAGGUUACAAAGUUCAAACUCUCUUUUAGUAAUGAUAGGUUGUAUUGGUUUGACUACAGAGACGAAUGGAAAACUGAGACUUUGACUGCAUAUAAAUCCAAGUAUCGUAGUACAAAAAACUACCUCAUGUAUGCCAUUCAAGCAAGAUAUAUUCAAUUUUGGGCAAAGGAAUGUGUGAUUCAUUGCAGAAUGAGGGUUGAAGUCUAUGGCAGUAGAGAUAAUCAGAACUUUUUAAAGGUUUUUCCAGGGAAUCAAGAUUACUUUAACGUAGCUGUCAAUUAUCUUAUCCAACCAAUCACAGCCAAGAGUUUACGUAUUCGUCCUGUCCAAUGGAAUAAAGGGAUUUGUAUGCGAGUAGAGAUUUAUGGCUGCAGAGAUCAAUUCUGGCCUGUGGGCAUGGAAGAUUAUAGGAUUCCAAGCAAAAAUAUAAGRACAAAUGCCAACGUARAUAACCGCUUCAGACUCAAUUUGCCCUUUCUACCAAGUGGUCGAUMUAGUUCAWAUUUAGAGAGUAGUGGUAGUCCUUUUCUUUUUGUGGACCUUGGCUAUAUUCCAUUCAGUCUCAAUGGCAUGGCUAAACAAUGCAGAAACAUAUAUGMAAAUUGUGUUACCAAGUAUUAUUUGAGCUUUAGUUUAAUCGAUGGAAAGUGGUUUGAUUAUAUGGAAGAUGGCAAACAAAAGGUUUUCCGUGAAAAAGCAGACGACUUUCUUGGAAUAACAGUGAAUCUUUUCAAGUAUAAAGUCAAAGCAAAGCGAGUCAGAAUCUGGUCGUUACUCUCCUAUGGUAGUGCUGGGAUUCGUAUUGAGUUGUACGGGCAUAAAGUUGAUAACUCAGCACUUGGUCUGUCGACUGGUGCAAUACCUGACUCAGCAAUCACUGCAUCAAGUCAAGAGACAAAGUUUAAAGCUGUCAAUGCACGACUCGACAGCACUUUUACAAAAGCYUGGUGCGCUGCAACACCUAUUCAAAAUGAAUUCCUUAAAGUUGAUCUUGGACGAGUAGUGGUCGUGUCACAAGUAGCUAUCGGGAGAUUGUACAACGAUGUCAACCAGUUUCUACAAGUCGAUCUUGGUUCCCAACAUAAAAUACGAAGUGUUCUUGUCCAAGGCAAAGAAAAGCUUACAGAAAACCCAAAGCUGGCAGACGCCUGGGUGAAGUCGUUUAGCUUGUCGUMUUCUAGAGACGGUUACAAUUGGACCGACAUCAAACAGGCAACCACUGUCAAGGUAUUUGAAGGAAAUGCCAACAAAUACGAAGUAAAGAUGGUCAAUAUUAGUGAAGAAAUGACUGGACGAUUUGUACGAAUUCAUCCGAAAACUUGGCAAAAUCAUAUAUGCAUGAGAAUGGAGUUAAUUGGGUGUCAAGAGUGUGGCGAACCACUAGGAAUGGAAAACCAUAAGAUACCUAUUGUUGGUCUUCAAACUUCAUCCAGCAACAGUGGGUACAUUGCUUCCCGUUCGCGACUACAUGUUGCUAAACAUAAUGGAUUUUGCACUCACACAGCCGAGAUUGAUGAGUUUCUUCAGAUAGAUGUUGGGCCUGCUGGUAAGCUGGUCAGUGGAGUUGCUCUUCAAGGAUGGCAUCAUUCAAAUAGCUAUUUAACAGAAUUUUCCUUGGCAUACAGUAGAGAUGGUGUAGAUCAUGUUUCUUUACUUGAUUAUGGAAAAGASAAGCUGUUUCAAGGCAACAUUGGUCAAAGAGAGGUAAUCCGACACCAACUGGACUUCAACAUUUACUUGAGAACUCUACGAAUAAUUGCUAAAGGUUUUACUAACACAGUUUGCUUUCGUGYAGAGUUAUACGGGUGUAACGGAUGCGAUAGGCUACAUC